AUGAAUGAUUCGCUCCGCCCCGGCCUCCAGCCGGUAUCUCAUAUCAAGGCUGGGCCGACAACCUCCAGCUCCAGAUCCACCGCGCUGCCUUCCCCGACGACGCUUCAGCCUCCUUCGCGUCCUUCCUCUCAACUCCGUACACAAAGAGAUUCCAUAAAGGAUGAUCCAGAUUCCAUUAGUGACAAGGCCACCACUGCCCUGAUCCGACGCGUCCUUUGCCCCCAGACAAGCAGCUACGGAGCAUCUUGCCCACAGCCUCCGGAAGAGCUGUUACCUCCCCUCACGAGCUCCAAUGACGUUGAUCGUCAACUCUACGCGCUUCUCGCCAUCAUAAUAAAAGAAUUCGUUUACUCGUGGUACUCCAAGAUUACUCCCGACCAGGCUCUUGUGAAUGAAGUUCUACAAGUAAUCGCGCAUUGCACGCGUGCACUCGAGCAGAGGCUGCGCCAAAUCGACGUUGCACAAUUAGCCCUGGACGAAAUCCCUGGCCUGGUGGAAGCACAUGUACUCUCGUACAGACUAGCCAGGCAACAGUCACAUCUUUCUGGCCUACCGACGUCGUACCGUGUGCUCUAUCAUGAGCUAAACCCACACCCCGCUCUUUCUCCCGUGCCUGAUCCAGGGGAUCCAGAUACGAUCGCCGAGCAGAUCGAGAAUGAAGCAGUCUAUCGACGACUACUCACUAACGGUAUCCUCGCCGUUCUUCUUCCAACAGAAGACCUCGAAAACAGCAGUCUUCGAGCACUGGUGGUUGAUAUUAUAGCAGAUCUGAUCUUAGGAAACCAAGUCAGUGGCAGGGCAUGCGAAGGAUGGUUCAUUUGGGAAACUAUAGACAAACUCGCCGCUCAAGUGGGACGCCGUCAAACCCCAGAUGACACAAAGCCCGCCCCGGACUCUCAAAUCAACCGAUUAGAAAAAUUUGGCUUGCUUUCAACCGAGGAUGGGCUCCCAGAUCAGCCGGCGUCAUUCUCAGCCACCACUUGGAUAUGGAACCUUUUGCAGAGCAUCUACAUUGGUUGCGUCGUCUUGCGUUUCAUUGCGAUGGGUUUAUUUCGUGUCGCAUCGAGUUCAGGCCCCUCUUCGCACGGUGUCGGUGUUUCACUUGCCUCACCCAUUCAGAAAAGAGAUGGGAUGGAGUCAGAUGGCAUCACAAGUAAACGCCCGGUUCUUGACUAUCGGAUGUAUUCCAUGGUUUCGCAGAUACUAGGGAUCUCAUGGAGAAUGCCAUGGCUCAGUGGGUCGCUUUCCCUAUUCCAAUACCUUAUUUUGGCAGGCCCAGGCAGGGUCGGUGCUACGGACGGAAUCUUUGAUAGAUUCCUUCGGGAAACCAUUGAGGAAUACGUGCUGACCCCCACUUUGUUGCCCAACCUUCUUCUUGCGACAAGGACCGCCUUGUUCCCAGCCAAUACCCGUCCAACAUCUCAGAUAGCGGCCGGCCAUAUUGAAGCUCCGGCCUCGGCUCUGCAGUCUGUGCAGACCCCGACGCCCAGCCAGAAAGCCCUCGCGCCAUCGGCUUCAACUGGCCCUCCAAUUGUGGAAAGAGUCAGGGGCCCUGAUACGACAAAGAUCAUUAGCAAAACUAAUAAUCCGGGGAAAAACAGCAAUAACAGCGGCAAUACAAGCGGUCCUGCGUUAACAGCCACCUCAGGCCAUUCAUCACUUUCCGCCAUCUCAGCCGAUGUCCCAACGCCACCAGUGUUAAAUGAGCCGGCCGAACCGGUGAAAAGGAACAGCCCAUCUAGGACGGAGAUCGCCGCUAUCAAGCGACGAUGUGCAGCUAGUCUCCUGGCCUUGAUUCCGCGUUCCCUCGCACGAAAUUUUCUUGGUGUUCCCUCUUCGGCGCCUCCGCCGCCUUACAGCGGUGAUGGUACCUGCAGAUCCAACAGUUCCUCCUCGCUCGUCACAUCUCCACCGCCUUCCACCAACGCACACCAAGGAUCUUUACAGGAGGAGAAGGCAAAUCUGGCGUCAUCACUUUCACAUUUGCCUUCCAGUCACGGUCCUGUUGCGUCUGGUCACCUUGCCGCUGAGCGGCUGCGCACAGACGAUGAUCCAUCUGCGGGGACUGAUCUCGAGGAACUGCAUCUUCUAGAGACAAUCGAGAAAGAUUUUCUAGACCUCUUUGCAGAUGAGUACUGCAAUAAACAUCUGAUCUGGAGUAUUAUCGAGACAGUGCUGGCUAAGGUACUCCCUGAAAUGGCUGAUCACAGUGUGGAAGAUUUACUGGAGGAUCGUGGGGUGGCGUCAGUACCUCAUGCAUUUGUAUAG